UGAUUAUGGUACCAUGAUCCAACGGUCAUCCUACUCCCUUUAGAUGAUCCGACGUUGUAAAAUGAAAGAUGAGUGUUUCGUGUUGCUGAUGAUGCUCUAUUUGUAGAUUAAAGAUCAUGAAUUGAAUUCAGCUCUUUGGUGAAUGAAAUCUUGCAAAGAAACCCAUUUCGUUCGACUUUGGUAAAUCCAUUCUAUUGAUUUUGAAGUUGGGAAGUUCAUAAAUUCGUUCUUGGAUCAAAGCUGGUAGUCGAAUUCCAGAAUUUUGAUUUGGGUGUUUUUAUUUAAGUAUGGAUCCGUUAUGUGACUUUUGUGGGGCCCAAAGGCCGAUGGUCUACUGCCGAUCGGAUACGGCCCGCCUCUGCCUAUCAUGUGAUAGCUACAUCCACUCAGCAAACGCCUUGUCUAGGCGCCAUCUCCGAUCGGUUAUAUGUGAUAUAUGCAACUCGCAGCCCGCGAUUGUUAGGUGCUUAGAAGAUAAGGUGUCUCUUUGUCAGAGCUGUGAUUGCCGCGGUUCUGCGGGCGUGGGGCCCGGGCAUAGGCAGGAGACGGUGAAUUGUUAUUCGGGUUGUCCUUCGUCGGCGGACCUAUCGAGGUUUUGGUCUUGUGGUCUCGAUGCUCCGACGGUGAGCGAGGUGGAUGGGAGCUGGGGGUCAGGGUUGAUGACUACUAUAAAUGAGAAUUGCGUGAGCAACGGGUGGGAACAAGGCGAAGAUGGGAGCUCGGUUGGAUUGUCAAUGGAAUUGAAUGAUUUGGGUUGUUGUGGAAAAUUAGAACCUUGGAUGGAUUCGUCUUCUAUGGUGCCGAAUUUGAAUUAUAUGCCAUGCUGUGGAGAUCAACAGACAUUCCAGAAGGACCCAAACCAAUCGAAGUUGGGCUGUUCUCCAUUCACAGAUCUUGGAAUUUGUGAUGGUGAUGAUAUUUGUGAAGGCUUCAACAUAGAUGAUGUUGCCGUGUGUUUCGGAAACAGCGAUGAGACGUUUGGCUGUUCGCAGAGUCAUUCAAGAGAUCUUAUCGAGGAUACAGGAACGGACUGUUUGUUUAUGGAGAACUUCUUGGUUGCUGAUUGUUACUCUCCCAUUGAAAAUGCCAUAGAGGCAUCAUCUUGGGGGCAACAUGAUUGCAUGGCCCAUCAAUCUUCUCAUGUUGUUGGGCCUGCCGGCAUGGUGCAAGCUGCCAGCAGCAAUACAGAUAGGGUACUACUGAAUCCUUAUUGCAACAGAAACAUCAGCCCAGGCUUCCCUGCUAAACAUUCUAGGAUGUCGCUUUUGGCGUCAAACCUUACCAGUGAAAAUGGGGCUGUGGAUUAUCAAGAUGGUGGAGAAUCACUGAUUUUUCUCACGGGCAAAUCGCCAUGGGCUUCCAACUUGGAGACUACAUGCCCGCAGGCCAGGCACAAAGCGAAGAUACGAUACAAUGAGAAAAAGAAAACUCGAAUGUUUGGGAAACAAAUAAGGUAUGCUUCCCGCAAAGCCAGAGCAGAUACCAGAAAGCGCGUGAAAGGAAGGUUUGUGAAGGCUGGCGAGGCAUAUGAUUAUGACCCUCUUGUGGGAAGAACCUGUUGAUCUGAUUACGAUGUUGGUUUUACCUUCGGAAUGCAAUGCCCAUCCGCAAGAAGUUAUAAACAACACAAAAGACACAUGUUAUGCCCCUUGUAUUUAAGGAGACAGACCAUAUAGUAUAUGAAAAUAUAGAAGCAGUAUGAUCUUGACCUCAAA